AUGGAUGAACCAGUUCCACCCGCCGUUGCCAACAAUAUGGCAGCAGUCGCUGCCUCUGCAGCUAAACCAAAAGCUCAACUUGAGAUCCAAGACCUCAAGACUCUCGAUGUAACAACACUCACACCAACCUCAAAGAAUGUCAUCUCCAGACAAGCCACAAUCAACAUCGGUACAAUCGGUCAUGUAGCACAUGGUAAGAGUACUGUAGUUAAAGCUAUCUCUGACGUUCUUACUGUUCGUUGGUCAACAGAAUUCAAGCGUAACAUUACAAUUAAACUUGGUUAUGCCAAUGCAAAGAUUUACAAGUGCGAGAAUCCAGAAUGUCACAGACCAGGAUGUUACAAGUCAUACAGAAGUAGCACAGACGAUAGCCCACUUUGCGAACGUCCAGGAUGCGGUGGUAGAAUGAAACUUCUUCGUCAUGUAUCUUUUGUAGAUUGUCCAGGUCAUGAUGUGCUUAUGGCAACUAUGCUUAACGGUGCAGCAGUUAUGGAUGCUGCUAUGCUUUUGAUUGCCGGUAAUGAAUCAUGUCCACAACCACAGACAGCAGAACACAUUGCCGCCAUUGAAAUUAUGAAUCUUCGUAACAUUAUCAUUUUGCAAAAUAAGAUCGAUCUUGUGAAGGAGGCCGCUGCCAAGGAGCAAUACGGUCAAAUCUUAAAGUUUAUUCAAGGUACCGUCGCCGAGGGUGCACCAAUCAUCCCAAUCUCUGCCCAAAUGAAAUAUAAUAUCGAUGUAAUUUGUGAAUAUAUUGUCAAGAAGAUCCCAAUCCCAGUGAGAGACUUCACCUCUGAGCCACGUCUGAUUGUUAUUCGUUCGUUCGACGUCAACAAGCCAGGUGCCAAGGUCGACGAACUCAAGGGUGGUGUCGCUGGUGGUUCCAUCAUUAAGGGUGUCCUCAGAGUCGGUGACGAAAUCGAAGUUCGUCCGGGUGUCAUCACCAAGGAUCUCGAUGGUCGCAUGCGUUGCUCACCACUUUUCUCCAGAAUCAUUUCACUAUACGCCGAAGAGAACGACUUGCAAUACGCCGUGCCAGGUGGUUUGAUCGGUGUCGGUACCAAGAUCGAUCCAUCGUUGUGUCGUGCCGAUCGUUUGGUCGGUCAAGUUUUGGGUUCGGUCGGUAAGCUCCCAGAAAUCUUUAUCAGUUUGGAAGUCAACUUCUUCUUGUUGCGUCGUUUGCUUGGUGUCAAGUCAGAGUCUGGUGAGAAACAAUCGAAAGUACGUAAGUUGCUCAAAGACGAUACACUCAUGGUCAACAUUGGUUCAACCUCGACUGGUUGUCGUGUCACCGCCGUCAAGCACGAUUUGGCCAAACUUGCACUCCUCUCUCCAGUUUGCACACAAGAAGGUGAAAAGAUUGCUUUGAGUAGACGUGUCGAUAAGAAUUGGCGUUUGAUCGGUUGGGGUACCAUCCAAAAAGGUACCAUCCUCAGCACCUCUGAUUAA